GGUCUGGCCUGGAGUGCGGGUGUUGCGUGACGUUCUCCCUGCUUUUGUGAGUUAUUGAGUUCUGCAGCAUGUAUUUUUGCCCGGAGGGUCGUCAUGGGUUGUGUCGAAAGCAAAAAAGUGGUGGAGAAUGUAUCUAGCAGUGAUAUCAAGACCGUGUGCCACCUCGAGGAUGUGUUUGGCGAUGAGAAGUGCCGGAGUGAAGGACUUUCCGAAACCGAAGUCAAGUGCGAACUUAGGGUCGACGACGGGAACAACCUUGCAGAGAAGAUCAAACUCGAAAGGCUAAACAAGAGUAACAAGUUUAAGACCAAGUACGACCCACGAAUCACGGCCAAAUAUGACAUCAAGGCACUCAUAGGCAAGGGGACGUUCAGCAAGGUAGUUCGGGUCGAGAACAGACUCACGAAGCAACCUUAUGCCAUCAAGAUCAUCGAGUCCAAGGAAGGGCGGGAGGCAUUCGAGGCCGAACUGGCAAUAUUACGGCGUGUGAAGUGCCCCUAUAUUAUACAGUUAGUGGAGGUGUUUGAGAGUGUGGAUAAAAUAUACAUGGUGAUGGAACUCGCCACGGGCGGAGACCUCUUUGACAAAAUCAUGACCAAAGGCCCUUUCUCGGAGAGGGACGCGGUCAAGGUCCUCAAGAUGGUGCUGGAGGGCGUGAAGUACUUGCACAAUCUAGGCAUCACUCACAGGGAUCUGAAGCCGGAUAACUUACUAUAUUACCACCCGGGGACGGACUCCAGGCUCAUGAUCACGGACUUCGGUCUGGCCCACACCAGGAG